AUGCUAUAUUACUGCUUCGAUGUGUCGAGAUCAACAACUGAAAAGCCUUCAAAUCCGGAGUCAAUACAGAUUGAGCAAUCAAUACCAAUAGAAGUGUCAAUACCGAUUGAACAAUCGAAACCAAUCAGACAAUCAAUAGCGAUUAAACAUUCAAAACCGAUAGAACUAUCAACACCGACCGAACAAAUUCCUGAAAGCGUUCCCAAAAAAAUUCCAGCCAAAGAUCUGAUUUAUCGAGGAGAACUAACUUCAAUGGAUGGAGUUGGAUAUAAUUUUAGUGAUAUUGAUACUGCACCAUUUCUCAAAUUCCAUGAAUUGAAUGACUCACCGAACUGUAAUUUGACUAUUGAUAAAUUGGAACCUCGAAGUUCUCCAGAGAAAUUGUUAGCAGGGUUUCAUGGAUGUAUCGAUCCGAUAUUUGAAAAUCAUUUGAAUCAAUUAGACGCACAAAAUUUUUCAUUAACAAUUUGUGAUGCGAUUAAACAAUGCGAUAACAUUGGAGAAUACAAAAAUAUUGCGAUUGAUGCACUCGAGAAUUUGCAUGAAAUCAAGUGGGCAGUUUUGCCGAAAUGUGUGAGUUUUUUCUAGGGUUGGAAAAAACAGUGUAUUUGCGUACACGAAUACACGGUACACUAAAUACUCCACAGGAAAAUAAAAAGCGUUUCUUUUUACUUUUGAAAAAGUAGUAAUUUCUUUUAUCCAGAAAGAUGACAAUGUGAUGAUAACUUUGGGAAUCGGACACGACGUGAACGCUGAAGUUUUGCUCUACAGAACUCUUCCAAACACGAAAUUCUAUGGAGCAGAUCCAAUAAUUGAGCCGAAUCUUCAACUUUACUCAAGAAUCGGUAAAUUCUUUCCAUUCGCAAUUGGCGAUAAAGCGGGGAUGAAUAGAUUCAAGGUUUUACCAAAUCAGAACCAAAAAACAGUUUUUUGUGUAUGGUUUUAAAAAUACUUAAUUAGGUCCCUAACGAGUAAAUUAAAAUCAAACUCUCUUAAUUUGGUCAAUUCUACGAGUCGGGAGAACAUGUAGAACUUCAGGGAAAAUUUCAUCACGGCACGCAGGCAUUUGUCGGACAUAUUGUCCCAAUACUUGAAAACUAGCUUCUGUAUAGCUUCUAUAUAAAUAUCUUCCUUGUUGGUUUACCUAGACCCUAUCCGAUAACUAAUUUAGAAGGAAUUAUGCAAUGGGUUCGUUUCUGACAAAAAUAAUAUCAAUUUUAAAACGCUGCUCAAAUCGAAAAAAUUGUUUCUCAGCAGCGAUUGAGGCUGAUUUUAUCUUUGAUUGUUUACUAUAAUUGGAUCGAGCACUUGAUGUUUGUUAUUGCAGUUGAGUUUUGUCUUUAGGUACAAAUGCCAGCCCAGGAUUACAUUUAUAUCAACUUUACUUCCGGUUUCGACCCACAUUUUGA